AUUUUCAUUCUAAUUCUUGCUUUCGGUAGCGUCGGACGUGUUAGAACGCGUGUGCUCUCUUGUGCAGUCUCCUCUUUUGUUCCCAACGUAUCACUGCGACUCCUUUCAUCAACGCGCAGAAAAAUGGCUGACGAGAAAAAGGUAAAUUACCGGGUGGCAACAACCGGCGUGGGCAGGGAUUUCGGGAAAGCAGCCCUUGUGUUUUAGUGGAAAAUAGAUAUAUUAAUCGUGCGAUACUGCGUAAUUGCGUACUCGCCACCAAUUUGAUUCUCUCUUUUUAUUGCGUUAUUGCCAUUUUCCCGGGCGUCAUUGCGCGGCGUGUGUUCUUCUCACUAUCCGUACCCCCUUCCCCACCUCCAUCAACCUACCUUCCCACUCCCUACCAACACUUUGUUGAAACCCGCUCAAACCUUCCUCUACGAAAACCGCCCGCCAUUGCUACAAAAUGCCGGGCCUUUUGAUCGCUCGCGCGUCGGAAAAUAAAAAACGCAAGGGUUCCGAAACCGAGCAUAUCAAUCUGAAGGUCCUGGGACAGGACAAUGCGGUGGUUCAGUUUAAAAUUAAAAAACAUACACCACUGCGCAAGCUGAUGAACGCGUACUGCGAUCGUGCGGGUUUGUCGAUGCAGGUGGUUCGCUUCCGGUUCGACGGUCAACCGAUUAACGAGAACGAUACGCCCACUACCCUCGAGAUGGAGGAAGGCGACACCAUCGAGGUAUACCAGCAACAGACCGGCGGCGCUUAGGCGGGGGAUCUCUCCAUUAUUUAAACAAUGUAUAGAAGAAGCGGCUGGAAGGAGGGGCCGCCCUCUUUCCGCGGGAGCGUGGGUGGACGUUAUUAGGAUUAAGUUUUUUUUUUCCUUAUUAUUACUUGAACCGGUGGCGGGGCUCACUGCGCCGGUAGUAGAGAAGAAGGAGCCUUUUUCUGAUUUAAAAUUCCAUUCGUUGUUUAUAAGGAAAAAUGAGAGGAAAAACUUGUUUGCCCCUUUUUGCUUUUCUUUUGUUUCGUUUCGUUUGCGGCCGAGCGCGCGCGCGCUUGUUCAGUUGGCGGAUUUUAGUACAAACGCGAGAGGGAUAGGAGGAUUAAUUGACGCAAGCCUCACUGUUGGGCAGAAGUAGGGGAGUAGUAAUGACUUAUCUGUGCUCUUAGCAACGGAUAUAUUUGCGUCUGUCGCUAGUGUACGACUCUGAUCCCUGUUUCGGUAUUAAGCAAAAAAUCUAGGAGCGUUUUUGUACCACCACUUACGUUGUAACAAGCUAAUACCAAAUAGGAAGAGAAAGAAGAAGUUUAACGGUCAACAACACCAUCACUGAUCAAUUUACCGAAUAGUAUGAACCGUGCAACAAUUCACGCGAAGAGAGCGACAAAGAGAGAGUAGCCCAGCCACUCGAAGGAUAGAUGUAACAUAUUUGUGAAGAUGAAAAGGGUAUGGGUUAGAGAAUGGUCAGGGUGCGGAAUGCAGAAUUCGAGGGAAGGGCACAUCAUGCAUUUAAAUCAAUAGAUCGAACCUUCACUGUAUGGAAAAUGUAUGUGACAGAGAAAUAAUAAAAGGCGAAGUUAAAGGGCAAAA